UCAUACAUUCUGAACUUAACCAGUUGAGAAUCAUGUCUGGAAGAGGCAAAGGCGGGAAAGGACUGGGAAAAGGAGGCGCUAAGCGUCAUCGUAAGGUUUUGCGUGAUAACAUUCAGGGAAUCACCAAACCCGCUAUUCGUCGUCUCGCUCGCCGUGGCGGAGUCAAGCGUAUCUCUGGCCUGAUCUACGAGGAGACUCGCGGUGUGCUCAAGGUGUUCCUGGAAAACGUCAUCCGUGAUGCAGUUACCUACACCGAACACGCCAAGAGGAAGACCGUGACCGCCAUGGAUGUGGUGUACGCGCUGAAACGGCAGGGACGCACUCUAGCUCCGUCUAGCAUCACAUCUAUAAUGGCAAGAACCAAGCAGACCGCCCGUAAAUCUACCGGAGGAAAGGCUCCGAGGAAGCAGCUCGCCACUAAAGCUGCUCGUAAGAGCGCUCCCGCUACCGGCGGCGUCAAGAAGCCUCACCGCUACAGGCCCGGAACCGUGGCUCUGAGAGAAAUCCGCCGUUAUCAGAAGUCCACCGAACUACUGAUCCGCAAACUGCCCUUCCAGCGUCUGGUGAGAGAAAUCGCUCAAGAUUUCAAGACUGAUCUGCGUUUUCAGAGCUCCGCUGUCAUGGCCCUGCAGGAGGCUAGCGAGGCUUAUCUGGUGGGUCUGUUUGAGGACACAAACCUGUGCGCCAUUCACGCCAAGAGGGUCACCAUCAUGCCCAAAGACAUCCAGCUGGCCCGCCGCAUCCGCGGAGAGCGCGCUUAAAGCUACUGCUGACGCAUUAAAACCCAAAGGCUCUUUUAAGAGCCACCUCAAUGUGUCUAGAAAAGAUGAUUUUUCUUUGCGUUUAAUCUCAAUGGUACUGUGUACUAAAAAUAUGUAAAGGCAGUGGCUAAGUUGACUUUAUUAAUGCCAAUAGGAGCUAGAUUUGUAAGCAGCUCGACUUUAUUUUGUUUAACAGGGACAAUGCCCAUUAAUCAACAGUAAAACACUAAAUAAGUCCGAGUUAGCCACAAGGGCUAAUUUUCAUCUGUUGCCCCUGCCAGAUUUUAAAAGGCAACCUAAAAUAAAAAAUUAACAUACAAAAACAGUAAAGUUACAUAUGACAAAAGGAUAAAAAGCAUGAAAUAAAAAUAUCUUAAAAUGUUAGACAAAAGAAUUACACAUGAUUACUUGGGUAACGCUUUCUU